AUGGGCUUCCUAGGCACAAUCCUAAGCUUCAUCGAUCGUCUCAUCAGACUAUUCAUCGGAGCCAACGAAGAGAAGCUAUACGGUCUGGACCAUGCAAUUCUCAACGCCGAGGUUCCACCUAGGAAUAUGUGGAUGAAUAUGGGGUAUUGGAAGGAUACAAAGUCCUUCCCUGAGGCUUGUGAGGCAUUACUGGAGCUGAUUCUGAUUACGGCGGGACUUCUGAAUGAGGAUAAGAUGGUCGCAAAUGCUUUAUCAAAAACGGUAAAAUUAGUCGACGUUGGAAUCGGGUGCGGUGAUCAGUCUCUUUACCUAACAAGGAAGCUCCCUGUUGCUGGUCCGGGUGGGCAGAGGCGUGCUCUGAUCGACUCAUAUGUGGGAAUCACCUUUGCGCGCUCCCAAGCGGACUUUGCGCGAGAGCGGUUGCUAAAAAGGACAUCCGAUUCUGACACUUCAUCGCGGACACCGGACGUGAGAAUCUUCGCUGCGGACGCAGCUAAGCCUGAUUCCUGGGAACCUGGACUCAAGGCAACCACCUCCAACGACCACGAUCAGAAACAAGAAACCUGGCUCCUAGCCCUCGACACCCUCUACCACUACAAACCCUCGCGCACCCCUCUCAUCACCCACGCAUGUCGCGACCUCCAAGCCUCCUUCAUGGCCUUCGAUCUCCUUCUCGAUUCCUCUGCCUCAUUCACCAAUAAACUCCUUGCCCGGUUGAUGUGUCUGUUAUCGGGAAUCCCGUACACAAAUCUCCUCACGACGACGCAAUACGAGGAUAUGUUAGUCCAGGCCGGGUAUGACCGCGAUAUGAUACAGAUGCGCGAUAUCUCUGAGUAUGUGUUUCCGGGAAUUUCGGCGUAUAUUCGCGAGAAGGACAGAGAAUUGAAGAAGUUUGGGAUGGGAGUAGGAAAGUUCAAGGUGCCGGGGUGGCUUUUUGGAUGGUGGGGUAGGUCGGGAGUUAUUAGGGGGGUUGUUGUGGUUGCGCGGCAUUAG